UUGAGAUCAGCACACCCCUGAAUGUUGGGGAAAAAGCCAAUAUCACCUGUAUGGUUCCCAAAGUGUAUCCUUCUGAGCGUUUGACGAUGCAGCUGGAGAAAGAUGGAUCUGUUCCUAGCAUGAAAGAGUUUUAUGAGGAAGGAAGCACCAAAACCAUUGAGACAAAAAGUCUGACAUUGACUUUUAUCCCCACCUUUGAAGACAUUGGGAAAGCGAUUACUUGUGUGGCUGAAUUACCGAUUGAUGAAAUGGAAUUUGAACCCAAGAAAAGACAGACUUCACAGAGAUUGAGUGUAAACUAUGGACCAAGAAAUACAAUGGUCUCUGUCACCCCCUCCACCACAGUGAAAGAAGGGGGAGCUGUGACAAUGACAUGUACCAGCUAUGGUAAUCCAGCUCCAAAGAUCUCCUGGACAAAGCGUUCAAUCAGUGGAGAGUCGCAGUUUCUUUCUGAAAAUGCAACUUUAACUAUAAAUAACAUAAAGGCUGAAGACUUGGGGCUUUAUGAGUGUGAAGGAGUUAACCAGUUUGGAAGAGAGAAAAAAACUGUGGACUUAAUUGUUCAAGUUCCUCCCCAGAAUACUACAGAGUUAAUAUCUCCAUCAGACAAUGUUGAUGAAGGGGAAAAUAUCACUAUUAUGAGUACAACCUAUAGUAAUUCACCUCCACAGACAGUCCCGCAAAAGAUCCAUCCAAGCAACACAACCAUCCUCUCAUCACAGAAUGACACCUCUACAGUCAGCAAAAAUGACACAGGCAUACACCAUGAGACUGGAAAUAACAAUGAGACUAGAAAUAACACUGAUGUGAUUGAGAUAGCUGUUGUAGAAAUGGUGAAAGAAACAGAUUAUGUGAUUCCUGUGAUUGUUGUGCUCUCUUGUUUACCAACAGUGGCAAUCCCUGCACUUGCAAUAUUGGUUUACAAGUCAAGGAAAGCAAAGAUAAAUGGAUCUUACAGUCCUGUAAAUGUACCAGAACCAAAUGUUUAAGCAAGUGACUAACCUUCUUCAUUGCAUGACCUUAUAUGACAUGCAAGUGACUUUUUGUAACACUGUCGUGAAAA